UCUCGAGCUCAGUUACGCGGGAAAUUGCUAUUUUGUUAUUGUACACAAACUGGUGUGGGUGGGAUGAUUGCUUGUCUGUGUGUUUAUCUCUGAGAAGAGAAACUCCCGUAAACCUAGCUGCUAGACACCUGGGUGUGGUGGACAUUCCUAGUGAUUUUUUUUUUCUCGCAAAAUGGCAUACUCGUCAAAGAAGAAGAAAUCACAGCCUCCUUCCCUAGGGGAUGACAGUCUUGAAGCAACCCAGCACACUACAGUGGCUACCCCUGAGAUUGAGGUUAGCCUCGUAGAUAGAAUGAAGAAACGUUUCAGCACCCGCAACCCUGCGGCAUCUGACGUAAGCACUGCCGACGACAGGCUUGAAACAUCGGCUGCUUCUGCAGCAACCGGAAAGAGAGCACCGCAGAAAAAGACUUCCAAAAGAAAGUCGCUGGGUCAGAAAGUAGUCCAAAUUGACAAGCUGUUUUCCCCAGAUAGAGGGUCCAGUAAAGUGUUCCAAAGUCCGACCCGAUUUCCUAAGAACAAGUCAGGGUUAUCAGCUUCAGGGCCAUCAGCUAGCAGCGAGUCGGACGAUACAACGCAGGCAAAACAGUCUACUAGUAAGACAAAUGGUAGAGCGAAAAGAAACAGGAAACCUGAAGAGGGAGGAGGUAGUUCUCAUUCUUCAUUUGAGGGAUCAGCUGAUGAUUCAGAUCAUUGCAAAGAGUCAGCACCGCAGUCAAAUGAAAUUACUGAGGUUCCAAGUGUCACAAAGAAACGGCGGUCUGAUUUGGACACUAGACAAAGCAGUAGUAGUAAGGGAGGAGCAAAAGAAGUCUCACCCAGAGGAGGACGAGGUGGAAUGAGUGAUGAGGAGACUGCAGGUCCUUCCCAGGAGAUUCCUUCUCGAGAUACUGGGAUGUCAACAAGAAAGGAGAAAAGAACCAAAAAGAAAGGCAGCGCUGUCAUGGCUAGUGGGGAGGUUGAAGCCCACAUGGCAGAUAAGGAGUUCAUCGGUAACCAGGUCCGAGUUAUAUCCACACCGUUUGUCCUCGAGUCUGGACCUAGGAGCUGGAUGCAAAUAUGGAAAGGGCAGCAGUCGUCAGCUCAUGAUGUAGAACCUCCAGACAUCCCAGCAAAUGUCAUAGACAGAAUUGUGUCCAAAAUCAAUGUCCACAUGGAUGAUGUCUACCAGGGAUUGCUGGGCAGGCAGCAACAACGCAACACCCUGAUGAGCCUAGAUGACCUACGUAAAGAUGCCCAGGAACAGAAGCAGAACAACCUGGGAAUGGGCAUCAAGGCUCAAGCAAGCCUGCAAGAGAUCAUCUCUUCAUAUCCUAGCGAAUGGCCCGGCAGUGUGGAGGAAGAAAAUGAGCAAAUGACAGAAAGAUACGCAGCUCUCAGAGCAAGGUUGUUUGCCUUAAGUCGAUCGUUGUCCGUUACCAAGCAACAGUGUGAGCAGUACAAGGCCCUUGCAGGAGCUUUGGAGAGAGUUGAUGCCAACUUGGAGAAAUGUUCAUCAGAGGACUUGCAGAAAGAGGUGGAAAGAACUGGAGAACUUGUUUCUAAGAUACAAGAGAAGUUGCUGAGCAGAGAUCUGACGAGUGAGGGAGACGAGACGGGACGUGGCAGGAACAUUGACGAUAGCGAUGACUCCCAUUCAAUCAGACUUGCCCCGCCCACAAAUCAUGCUGCUCUGGUCAAAAUUUUGUUCAAAGCAGCCACUGUCACACAAUCACCAUGAUUACCAUUCACCAUGUUAAUUCAAGUUGUUUGGGUUUUUUUUUAAUUAUUUUAUUAUCUGGUCAAUUUUGUCAUUUUUAAGAGCAUUCAGUUUUGAAUUCAUUACAGAACACACAUUUAAAGGGAGUG